UCACUCGCUUCCUCCGCUCAGCCAUCAGCAGCUACCGCCCAUGUCGGAGGCACCACGGAUGCCCGAGCAGCGGAGGGAGGAAACAAAAGAAGUUGUCGAGCCCGCGGCCCGUAAGGUUGAGGAAGAUGACGAGUACGAUGAAGAGGAGGAUGUAAAACGAGGUUCCGAGAACUCCCGGCACAAGGAGAACAGCAGUCCAAAUUCCAAGAGCACCAAUGGCAUUUCGAGUGGACCUGGCGGCGAGAAAUAAAUGCGACAGAUGAAAGGUUACGCCGCGGCUACAGCCGUUUCCAGGGGGAUGUCGUUUAGGUAUGCGAGUGUUGAGAUCUACGGAUGCCGAGUUGUAUGGGUGUGGUGGGGGUUGCUGCUCGCAAAAUUCUCGGGUAGCUAAAUGGAUGGGGAAUGUUUUUUUGUAGCAGGAGAAAUUUUGCCUGUGGGAGAGUGAAUUACCUAUGUUUUGUGUUUAUGCGGAUCUGUUGUCUAUGUCUGCUCAGUUAAAGUUCAGACGGUUGUUUAUUAUGCCUUCCCUUCGUCCUCCUCUUUUUCUUCUUCUUCCUUCAUUAUUCUUUCUUUUUCCUCCUCUUCUUUCUCUCUUGACCGCCCCGUCCAGAGAAGCGACGGCUCUUUUUUUCUUCUUUCUUCUUUCUUUUUUUUCUCGGUUCGCAAGUUAAUGUAGUGUUUUCCCCCCCCUCCCCCUCCUCCUGCUUCUGCUUCUGCUUCUAUUCUCUGCUUCUAUUCUUUUACGAAGUGUGUGUGGGGGUCAGCCGUGGAUUAUAAGUACUUUACUUUAGGGAAAACUUUUGAAAGGAGUGGGGAGGGAGCGGGAGGGAAGGGACGGGGAGAAGGGAGGGGAGUGGGGCAACGAAUGAGAUGACGGAUCACAACAAAGAAUUGCAAAGGGCUUACUGGCUGCUGGCUACUUACUGACUGUAUUGAAGGAGUUUAUUGGCUUGGUUUGUUUGGUUUUGCGUUUGGUUUUCUUUUUAGUAAUUGUACUUGUGCCUGAUUGUGCUCUCUUGUGCUACUGUGGGACUGGGCGACUGUGUAUAUUGAGAAAAGAAAAGAAAAGAAAAGAGAAGUGAAGCAUUGUUGAGGUUUUGGC